AUGCCACCCAAGUCACAGAAAUCCGUGGGUGGAAAGGGGAGAUCAGGGGACGACAGCAAGGAAGACCCAUUGCAAGCAGUGCUCAUUACGGACACUUUCGAAACCAGAUUUGCACCAUUUACGCUUGAACGACCGCGAUGUUUGCUGACCUUGGCCAACACUCCGCUCAUCGAGUAUAGCCUAGAGUACCUUGCAAGUGCGGGAGUUCAGGUGGUAUAUAUCUAUGCUGGAGCUCAUGUCGACCAAGUCGAAACAUACAUCGAGGCAUCCCGGUGGAAGUCACCUAAGUCACCAUUUGACAACAUCACAUUCCUCAGGUGUGUGGCCAGCUCGGUCGGCGACGUCAUGCGGGAUCUGGAUCAAAAGCAUUUGAUGGCAGGCGAUUUUAUCUGCAUGAGUGGUGAUGUUGUCUCUAACUUUCCCAUCGAGAAGGCUCUGAAGCAGCACCGAAAUCGUAGAGAAAAGGACAAGAAUGCUAUUAUGACCAUGGUUCUCCGCGAAACCCAACCCGGCACUCAUGACCAUGCCGGAGGAAUCGUGCCAACGUUCAUCCUAGAUCCGACCAAAGACCGCUGCCUUCAUUACGAAGAGGCGGUCGCUGGUACCCAAUUCACCGGCCAUGUUGACCCAGAAAUUCUAAAGUCCCCCGAAAUAGACGUCAGACAGGAUCUCAUCGAUUGCAGAAUCGACAUCUGCACCCCAGACGUUCUCAGUCUCUGGUCCGACAAUUUCGACAACCAGGCACCACGGAAAGACUUUUUGUACGGAGUCUUGAAAGACUACGAAUUGAACGGCAAAACAAUCCACACUUAUAUCGUGACAGACUAUUACUCCUCACGGGCUGCGGAUUUUUGGUCGUACGAUGCUAUCUCGCAGGACCUGAAGCAAGGUCUGGUCACGUCGUUGGCAAUUGAAAAUAAUGUCUUCGCAGACACCCAUUAUGAGCGCUCGCCAUCCGGUGACAUCCUCGACCGUAAAGUCAUCAGGGCCCGCCCCACGAGGAUUGCCGCCGGUGCCAUUGUUGGCCCAGAAUCCAGUAUUGGGACCGGGUGCAACAUAGUCAACAGUAUCAUAGGCCAGCGGUGCCACAUUGGAAAAAACACACAAAUUGAUGGUGGCUAUAUCUGGGAUGAUGUUACUGUUGGCAAAAACGUCAAAAUCUCAAGAGCAAUUAUCGGUCAUGAAGCUUUCAUUGGCGACAACAGUACUAUCGGAGAAGGUGCACUUAUCUCAUUUGGCGUCAAGAUCGCCCCGGGAACGACGGUCAUGCCAGGCGCAAGAAUCUGCACAACCCAGCAAGGUUCAGCUGCAGUAAACGACCAGGCGUUAGUGGGCAGCGAAGGGGGAGAAGGCCAUGCAUACGUCGAAGAUGAGGACGAUCUGGAUGGUUCAAGAAUAUCCAGACUGGUGUAUGGGAAAGCAGAGUUCGCAGAUUCGUUAUCCACGCUAGCCUCCGACAUCUCGCAAGACGAGCUUUCUUCGAGAAGUGACUCUCGGCGGCAGAGCUUCGCUACUUCUAUCUCAGACGAAGACAUCACAGACCGCUUCCAGCAUGACACAGUUGCAAUCUUAGUUCAGCGCAUGCAGGAAGGAAAGCAGGCAGACGACAUGCUGAGUGAAUUGAUGGGCCUUCGAUUUAGCGGUGGUGCCGAUGAAGUUCAGGUCCGCAAAGCUGUCGCCAUUGCUCUGAUGAAGCACAUCCACAGCGAGAUCGAGGCCGGCCUGUCCGCAGCGGAUGCCAGCAGGCGAGUUCUGAGCGCAUAUCACACUCUUAUCCGCCGCAAGGGGGCGUCCCAAGCCACGGAAGAGCAAGUCUCGUUCUUGUUAGACGCACAGACAGACUUGACUCGCAGACAGGAUGGAGGGAAGAUUCUGUUGUUUGUCAUAAAGGACUUGUACGAUCUGGAGGUUUUUGGCGAGGAAGCUUUCACUGAAUGGUGGGAGGAUGAGAGGUCGAGUAGUGAGCCCGGCUUAGCUGCCGUGAGGGAGCAGAGCUCGCAGUUUAUUGACUGGCUGGAGAAUGCAGAGAGUGAAAGUGAGAGCGACGAUGAAGAGGAUGAAGAUGACUGA